GACAAGUGUCUGGUGUCAGCUGGGAUGGUUGCAACAGAAGCUAAUAAAGGCAUGGGGCCUGAUGAGGAAUCAUUUAAUGUGCCUGUUCCUGUCACACAAAAGACUUACCUCUGGUCAGACAAGUACAGACCUAGAAAACCAAGGUUCUUUAACAGAGUGCACACAGGAUAUGAGUGGAAUAAAUACAAUCAGACACAUUAUGAUAGUGACAAUCCACCACCUAAAAUAGUACAAGGAUACAAGUUUAAUAUAUUUUAUCCUGAUCUUAUUGAUAAAACUGAAGCACCAGAAUAUUUUUUGGAACAAAGUCCUGGAGAUUCAAAAGACUUUGCUAUCCUCAGAUUUCAUGCAGGACCCCCUUAUGAGGAUAUUGCCUUCAAGAUUGUCAACCGUGAAUGGGAGUAUUCUCAUCGUCAUGGCUUUCGCUGCCAAUUUCAAAACAAUAUUUUCCAAUUGUGGUUUCAUUUUAAGAGGUAUAGAUAUCGAAGAUAGGUCGGAACCAAUUUGUUGGUAUUGUCUUUUCCUACUAAAUAGUGAGAUGACAGAGGAAAAACAAGACAAUUCUAUUAAGAAAGAGUUGAUGAUAGAGCAGUACACAUCACGGAUUAGAUCUACAAUAAUAUCAACUAAUAAUAAUAUUCCCUAUAGUUUGUAAUAUUAUUGUAAAUAAUGCAGAAAUUCUAAUCCACUUUGCUCAAAGAGGGCUUCUUUGUAGUGUGUAUAUAGAUACUAAACAAUUUGACGUUUAUCUCAAAUAUUUAAGUACUGUUGAAAUAUACUAUCUUUUCAUAUUGAACCCAUUGCAGUCUCAGGGCUUUCUUCUCCUUCUACCAGGGGGCAAAUUAAUUUAAACCCACUGGGUACAAAGACGUUCACCCCAGUUAUUUUGUAACUAAUGGAAGCCUAGCAGACUAUUCCACAUAUAGGUAGUGAUAUUUUCUUGGUUUAACACCAACCCUAAAUUAAGUUCCACUCCUUGAAUAUCUGCACCCUGUACAAUUUUGAAAUAUAAUGUGUGUUCAUCUUCUACGCUUGUGAUAUAACUUAAAUAGCUGUCUGUUGCUGAAAUCAUUAUCUUUAUGAACAGCUGAAGUUUUACAGACAGAUGUAACAUAAAGACAAAGUCCACUAUUUUUCUGUAGAUUACAGUCGAACCUCUAUUAAGCAUCCACUCUGAGGGACGAGACAACUGGCUGCUUAAUAGGGGUACAAAACAAAACAAAAUCACCCUUGGGACAGCAAGAAGCUGACUCCGGCUGCUUAAUAGAGGUGGCCGUUGAAUAGAGGUUUUUAUUACAGUGUAUAGCUGACAAUUUUUUCCAGGAUUUUGGCCACUGGCUGCCAAAUAAAAGUUAGCCGCUUAAUAGAAGUUCGACCGUAUUUUAAUUUCCUUGCUUUAUUGUUGACACGUUGUGUGACGGCUCCAGUUUCAGUAAGUCACAAGUUUAAUACUAGUAGGACAUUUGUCUUCAAAAUUCAUGCUUAAUUCUCAUUUUUACUUUUACUGGUAAUUUUAAGCAUAAAAGGCUGAUUUUUAAAACUACAUUUGUGUUACAUCUAGUAUUCCAAGCUGGCAGCACAAAUAUCAGCCAGCAUUUGCACUCAUGUGCCAGUUCAUUCGUGGUUUAUCGUAAAUAUUUGGUCGACACUAGAUUGACACUCAAUCAACAGUUGGUCAAUAGUUGGCCUGGUGACGACCAACUCACAUGUAUUGAUCGACACUCAAUGGUGUGUCUGCAAAAAUAAGUCGACUCAAGGCCAAAUGUCAACCAAGAUGUUGAUCAAGUGUUGACAAAGCAUCGAUGGAGAUGUCAGUGGAGGAUAUUGAUUGACACUCGACUGUGGAUGCCUUUAAUAUACAUACAUGUAGUUCCAAGCCUUGAAACAAAAGCUAUAUGUAUUGAGCAGUUGUUCAUGUAAGUUAAAAUGAAAUUAAGAGUUUUCCUCUUGGAAGUAUCUUUUUUUUGGGUGGGGAGGGGAGGGGGAGUUUAAGGAUUUUUUAACUCUCAGAACCAAAAAAAUAACAAUAACAUUGUAUAAUAAUAUUGCAAUGUAUUUAUUUAAGAAUAAUGUACAAAUUUACAGAGUAUCAUUUUCUAUAGCUCCACUUUUAAUAGCUCCCUCUUUGGGCAUCAACAUUCCAUGAAAAGAUCAUUAUAACACUCUUGGUUAGAUAAAUAAUAUGAAUAUUCAGACAGUAUGUUCAUUAUAGUAUCAGUUUGUUGUUGAAACGUGAUUACACUGAUGAGAAAGAAAUGCUUGUUGCUUUAAAAGAUAUUGCACUUAAUAGGAGCUUUCUCCAAAUUCUAUUCUAAAUAUGAAAUUACUCUUUUGCAGCACCAUUAUAAGAAGCAAUGAUUCUGACUGUGCCAUUGUUAACAGAAAAAAAAUGGGUACAACAAAAAAGAUUUUCAAAGUACAAAAAAAAAAUUCUUAAGAAAAAAAUCAAAACUCACUUCAUGCAUGACAUCUUUGACUUUACUCUCUUGAAAUUAAAGAAAUGAAAAAA